AUGAGGAUAGGCGGUCUGCUCCUCGGUCUCCUGGCGGGACUAGGCCUCGCCACUGUUCCUGGAUUUUCUGAAGCGGACUACCACAAUCAGAUUCCCGUCCUCCCACCACACAUCCCUCAAGGAAACGAUGGAUCGAGCCCGAUAGCACGGAAGCAUGAAUUUAAACUACGUCAUAUCUUCCACCGCGGCACGUACGAGCAACCGGACCUACAUCUGAGGCUAGACGUGACACCAGACACGAAAUUAUCGAUUCUAACCGAAGAUGACUAUUUACCCCAACCCAUUGAUGAACCAGAAACUACAUUAUUUGCCCGAUCAGAUGGCUUGACCAUUGAAAGGCUAGCGGACCGCCGACCUUCCGUGAUCGACAGCUAUCUAGCACAUGCAAGGUCAUCCGGCGCCGCCGUAGUAUUGUCCGAGAAUGCUUGGAUAACGGAAGAGAUCGAUGGGCCCAACAUGACCGAUAAAGAAACUGUCUUGACGUUUGCCAAGAUGACAGCGAACGAUUACAUCGAAGAACCCGGCUCUGGCGAUUGGAACGAGAUCACCGGUCGGUUCAAUUGGUCUGCGAGCUUUGGAUGGCAACGAGAUGGGCUCAGGGGCCAUGUGUAUACCGACGAGAAUAACAGUACAGUUGUUAUAUCUUUAAAAGGUACUUCGCCGGCUUUAUUCGAUGGUGCUGAGACGACUACCAACGAUAAAGUCAACGACAAUCUGUAUUUCAGUUGUUGCUGUGGCCAAGGAGGCUCUUAUCUAACACGCCAAGUCUGCGAUUGCUCUACGGAUGUGUUCACGGCCAAUGUGACUUGCAUCACCGAGGCCAUGCAAGACGAAAACCGUUACUAUCGCGCGGCGAUUGAACUCUAUACAAAUGCUACGGAGCUAUAUCCGAAUUCAAAUGUUUGGCUUACCGGUCAUUCAUUGGGAGGCGCUAUGAGUGGUCUACUUGGGCUUACAUUUGGUCUUCCAACUGUCGCGUUUGAGGCGAUUCCUGACGCUCUACCUGCGGCAAGGCUUGGAUUACCCACACCUCCAGGAUAUGAUCCGCAACUCCCCCAGAAACGGAGGAACACCGGUCUAUUCCAUGUCGGCCAUACUGCGGAUCCUAUUUACAUGGGUUCAUGCAAUGGUGUUGGUGCUACUUGCACCUGGUUUGGAUAUGCCCUGGAGUCUGCAUGUCACGCUGGGAACAUGUGCGUAUAUGACACCGUUGAGGAUAAAGGCUGGAGGGUGGGGAUUGGUACUCAUCGCAUUAAGAGUGUGAUCAAGGAAGUGUUGGAAGCAUACGAUGAAGUACCGCCUUGUGUGCCAGAAGUAGAAUGCUACGAUUGCCAGCUAUGGAAGUUCUACAAGAGCAAUGGUUCCGAAAUUACAACGACCACAACAACCACUACUACUUCCACGUCAACCGCGCCGACCAGGACAUCAACCUGUGAGACACCGGGAUGGUGGGGUUGCUUGGAUAAAACCGCCACAACGACAUCAACAAUGACUACCAGCACCAGCAUCUCAACCACUACGACCACAACAACCACAACCUGUAAAACUCCAGGUUGGUUCGGAUGUAAAGAUCCAACAACGACAAUCAGCGCCACAAGCAUUCCUCGUACACCAACAGCUAUUGUGACACCUACCUCUACAUCCACCUGUCACGACCCCGGCUGGUUCGGGGGCUGUCGUGAUCCAACCACAACCACGACUGUUGUCUCGAGCCCGACGGUGGAUUCACAGUGGCAUCACAAUAAAGCCCCGACAUCCAUUAAGCAUGCUAUCACUGGUGCACCCAUCAUAUAG